AUGCGCCAUGAUGCCGACGCGAGAGAUGGGAAAAACCAUGCCCCUAGCAAGGUUUGGAACAAAGUGACAAGCAAGAGCAAGUCACGUUGUAGUGAAAAAGUGUUCGAAUUACCCUUAACGAACAGUUUCAGUGCACUAGAAGAAACCGAGGAAGGCCAUUGGAGGGGAACGAGUCGGCUGCAGGCAGACUUGGAAAUCGUAGGAGAGAAAGAAAUUAGUCGCAAGUCACAGCCUAACCAGCAACCUAAAACAAGAAUGAAGACGAAACACCGCAUAAGAAUAUACACGGAUAGCUAUGGCCGGGGCCUUUCAGAGCAUAUCAAGGACACAAUGCAGGACCCCAAGUCUAGACAUUCAAGCAAUGGUGAAACCGGGGGCAAGAUCAGAAGAGGUGAGUAA